AUGCUUCGUUUUACAGUGUUGUUGCUCCAGGCAACGUCCGCUGUUCUUGCUACUGCUACGCCCCGUGGUGGCCAUCAUGGCGGCAACUCCCCAUGGGUUCCGCGUUUCAAGAACUUGGUAGCUUUUGGAGACAGUUACACAGAUGAGAGCCGACUGGGAUAUUUUUUUGAGCACAAUGGAACAGCCCCACCGCCAGGGCUUCUUCUUCCUUUUGCCCCAGUGACCCCAGGUGGUGGCAUCACCUGGGCUCGACGGGUCGCUGAAUAUACAAGUGCAACGCUCUAUGAUUAUGCGGUUUCUGGGGCAGUCUGUGACAACAAAAUCAUCUCGCGAUGGCUGGCAGGCACAUCUCAGAUGUUUCCCGACGUGGUGUACGAAGUCGAUGCGUUCAUAGCCGACACCAAAUACAUCAAUGCGUCGACGAAGACGAACACCCUGUACACUGAUCGGAAACCGGAUAACACCGUGUAUUCGAUGUGGAUUGGGACUAAUGAUCUUGGAAACGGCGCUUUCCUCACGGAUAGCAGUUUGAAGGAGACAUCCAUUCCAGAUUACGUCGAUUGCAUCUUUGACCGAUUCGACUCGAUAUAUAAGGCUGGUGGCAGAUAUUUUGUAUUGAUGAACAAUGCACCAUUACAACUUGCACCGUUAUAUGGAAUGCCUCCCACAGGCUUGACUGAAAGUCAUUACUGGACAGACAAACCAGCAAAUAUCACCGAAGUCAGUGGCAAGAUGAAACAAUACACCAAGCUCGCCAACUCCAUCUUCGACUACCGGACUCCCUACGAAUUACUCGUCGCCAAACGCUACCCAGGCGCGUCGUUCGCGAUCUUCGAUGUCAACUCCUUGAUGACGGAUAUUUACAACAAGCCGUCCGAGUAUCUUCAGGCGCCAGCGAAUGUCACCCACGCAUAUUCCUUCUGUGACAUAACAGGGGCGAACUGCGUAACGGAGCCAGGAACAGAGCUGAACCAGUUCAUGUGGUUUGAUGAGCUGCAUCCUUCGGCGAAGGUAGAUGAGGUUAUUGGGCAAGAGUUUGUGAAGAUAGUUAAGGGGACAUCUGAUUAUACCACGUAUUGGCCAUAG